UGGGUGAAGGAAUGGGAGGACUUCAAGAAAGUUAUAGACUUCAAGCUUGUUGGUAAUGAUAGUGCGAAAAAACUUGGGGGCUUUACCGAAGUUCCAUUCCCAAACAGCCCCGAGUUUCAAGAUCUUACACGUUUUGCUGUUCACCAAUAUAAUAAGGACCAGAAUGCUCAUCUGGAGUUUGUAGAAAAUUUGAAUGUGAAAAAACAAGUUGUUGCUGGAAUGUUGUACUACAUAACAUUUGCGGCAACAGAUGGUGGAAAGAAAAAAAUAUAUGAAACUAAGAUUUGGGUUAAGGUAUGGGAGAACUUCAAGAAAGUUGUUGAAUUCAAGCUUGUU